AGAAAGCGCAGUUAGCAUAAAACAAUCAGCAAGUAUUUAUCACAUAACGAAAAGUUUCGGAUCAUUAUCAGAUAAGUGAGAAAAAUGACGAAUCAACAAUCAGAAUUAAGAAAAUCGUUGAAGUUGCUGGAAUUCCUGUUAAACGUCAACGGGCUCUUACCUGGUAAAAAAUUUAAAUUUUUCUAUUCGAUUUUUUCGUACGCAUUCGUGAUUUUCUUCGUCAUUAUGAUACCCGUUCUGGGUUACGUGAAUAUUUAUCUGGCUGAGCCGAGUAAAAGAGUCGAUUAUUUGGACAAGAGCUUCGUUUACCUGGAAAUGUUCGUUUUGGUAUUCAAACAUUGGCCAUUUAUUACGAAUCCAAACUUGACUAAAAUAUUACUGGAUAGAUGGAAUGAAAGCCUUUUUAACACACAAGUGGAUGUCGAUAAACACAUCAUCGCUGAAACUCUUAGAAGACGUAGAAUUUGGAUAGUUCGAAAUGUCCUGAUAACUGCGAUAUCUCCUAUAAUACUUAUCCAGUCGAUGAUAUUUUCAUCGCAUGAUGAAUUGAUGUUGCCUAUUUGGUUACCUGUGGAUGUUUCUAAAAAUCCUGUGGCCUUCACUGUAACAAAUAUGUACAUUGUUAUAGGUUACAUGCAUGGAUUUUUCGGGUAUUUUGCUGUGGAUAUUCUGGUAAUAAGUUACAUAAUGUAUUGUGCAACAGAGAUGAGGCUCAUUAAAUACAAACUGAAAAAUGUGGAGAAAUAUAUUGAAAAAGAAGCAACGAAUAAUUCUGACAAAACAACUAGUGAUGGUUUGCCGCAUAAAAAAAUUUACGAUCAAAUUAUUCAGUGUGUCAAAGUGUAUGAUGCUGUUUGGAAGUAUGCUCAAGAAUUGGAAAGUACUUAUUCUUUUGGAAUAUUUAUACAAUUUUUCGUUGCAUCAAUGGUACUUUCCAUUUGUAUGUAUAACAUAUCAAAGAUAAAAUCAAUAAUUGAAAUAUUGUACACUGCAUCAUUUUUACUACCAACGAUAUUAGUAAUAUAUUAUUAUUGUGACCAAGGAAGUCUUAUAAUUGACGAGAGCACAACAAUUGGAGACGCCAUCAUGAAAAGUCCCUGGUAUACAUAUGAUGAAAAAACGAAACAUUUACUGAUAACUUUUAUGGAAAGAACAAAGAGGCCUAUUAAAUUUACAGUUGGUAAAUUAGUCGAUGUAUCGUUGGAAACAUUCGUUCUGAUUAUAAAUCGAUCCUAUUCACUGCUCGCUGUACUCAAAAAUUUCUAUUAAAUUGAAAUGAAACUAACGAAUCCUCAACGAAAAAUAAGGAACAAUAAAAGGACAAGAAUUUUUUAUAUUUCCGCUUUCAGCAUUUUCAAUUUAAUAUUGCUUAGUGACGUAAAUAAAAGUAGAACUAUCAGAAUUUCAGCACGCUUGUAAAAAUAUUUAACUCAAAUAAUUUAUAUAAUUUGACUACUAAACUUUAUUAAAACUUACACAAAUACACAAAUGCUAAAAUGUACACUUAACAGUGAUAACGAUGCAAUGAAUAAAAUAAAUCAAGAUUUCCAGUUGGCUUUAAAACUUAUCCCCAAAUACCAUCAAAAUAUACAAAGUAGAAAGAAAUUCAAUUGUAAAAAAUGGAAAGUAUUUCUAUUUAUUUUUGUAAUCAAAUGAAGAUAGGUAAUAAUUCGAGAGCCGGCUGCAAAAUUGGAAAAG